AUGUCUCAGACUCUCCAGGAAAGUCCCAUCCAAAUGGGCAUUCAGCGCAGCCGAAGCCGACUCGGGGACCUUCUGGUAGCCGAUACAGUCGUUGCUGCAGGCUCAGCAACUCUUAUAACGCCCGCCGUGAUGAUCUUUGAUAGACUCGUGGUCGAAAAGUCAUUCUACAAUCAACCCCUUCUACCCGCAUUCCGCAAGCAUCUAUGGUUCUCAAUCACACAACCAGCCACCUUCUUAACAUCUCGCCCCAGUCUUCUCGUCUGGUCCCUCUAUACUGCUACAUUCGCGACUGCAAACAUGUCCGAGACAAUCUUGAAUAAGGUCUAUCCAAAAAUCGACCACGCGAUUGCAGGCAUGACCACAUUCGCCUCUACAUUCUUCGUGAACUCAUCCGUGGGGAUCUGGAAGGACGUCAAAUUUGCUCAACUCUUCGGCCACAAUAAUAAUACAUCAUCACCAUCAACAUCGUCUACUGGACCAACCAACUCUACAUCACCACCCAAAACCGUUCGCUCGAUUGGCCGAACCCGAAUUCCCUUAGCCACAUACUCCGCCUUCUUACUUCGAGAUGGCCUCACAAUCUUCGGAUCUUUCAGUCUGCCCGCAAUGCUCUCUGCAAAUAUUCCCGAUUCAAUCGCCUCUCAGGAAUAUUUAAAGAUCCUGAUUGCCCAACUUGCCAUUCCGGCUUCUAUCCAGCUCAUCAGCACCCCGAUUCACCUUUUCGGACUAGAUGUCUAUAACAGACCACAAGUCCUUCCGACAAAAGACCGUAUCUCACGAAUCAGUCGUGACUGGAUCGGUGCUUCUCUUCUUCGAAUGUGUCGAAUCAUCCCCGCCUUUGGUAUCGGUGGGUUUCUCAAUACAGAAGGGCGGUUAUAUCUACAUGACCAGUUAGAUGAACAGCGCCGUCCUUCCUAA